AUGUUCCGCACGAUCACAGCAAGCAUCUCUAAAAAGAGAUGUAUCUCAAGGCUCUAUUCCACUACGCAUCAGAUUCCGUUUGAUAAGAAGCCGUUUCCAUUCUCCAGAUUCGAGGCAUGUUGUCCAGAUGUAGAAGCAAAGCAAGCAGAAAAUGGAUUUGUGCCUUGCAAGAGCCACCCUUUUCCUUCAGUACUGGGCAAGAAGAUUGAUAUGACAGACCCCAUGACAAGGCCUGAUGGUAUCCGCCAUAUAGUAGGCUGCAUUGGAUCUGAUGCCAUGGAGUGGACCCGUGCUAAAGUGGAGGCGAUUCCCGGUAUUAUGCAAUCCAUCUUGACAACUGAAAAUCAAUGGCUCAAGGAGAAUCGGCCUCAGGUCCCUAGUGAAAAGAGUGUAUUGGCAACUGUUGCUGAGCGACCUGCUGUAUCCAACAAACCCGACGUCAUGCUGUUUCCAGAAUUCAAGGUUUUUCAAGGCGUGUCCUCGACGCAUGGUGUGAUUGAUCAGGAUUCGUCGUUCUAUCGUGCAUUGACAUCCAUAUGGCAAAAUCCUUACAAUUCAUUACCACCUCUGGAAGGCUGGCAAGACAUCAAAGCCGAUACCGUUGUCCUUGUUUGCACACACGCUCGCCGAGACCUGAGAUGCGGGAAAAUGGGCCCAAUGAUUGUGGAUGAAUUCAAUCGGGUCAUUCAAGAGAAGGGUCUGCAGGACAGAGUAGAAGUGUGGGGCACUAGUCACUUUGGAGGCCAUAAAUUUGCAGGCAAUCUUAUCAUCCAUCAGCGAGGUUUAGGGGGCCAUGCCUAUGGCAACGUGAGACAAUGCCAUGUGCCGGCCAUCGUAGACAGACACAUUUUGCAUGGCAAAGUGAUUCAAGAGAUUUGGAGAGGAGAAGUUGCCCCUCCAUCCAUCUAA